AUGACGUGCGCAGUACGCUUACGCCUUCUUCUACUUCAGAUCGCUGCUGUUGCAUGGGCCAGUGAACCAACGUAUCAUGGUCAAACCUCGGAACCGCGUGGAUCGGAAGAAAGCCACCAGUUUUCAUCGCAGCAACCAACAUCAGCGGUUUUUCUGCAAGAGGACUUGCGCGUCUGGCAACGGAGCGGUACAUCGUAUGACCCCAGCCUACAAAAGGACGCAUCACUCACACUUCGGAUGGGGUUCGGUGCCGGCAUGACGUGCGCAGUACGCUUACGCCUUCUUCUACUUCAGGUUUGUCCUGUUUAUUACGAAGUUGGUCGUUGCUCGCGGAAACGCCAGCCGGCAUCGUUCCCCUGUCUCCUUGAGAACUUGUGCUUUUGGUGCCGUAAAGUGCUAUCCAAUCCUUGUGCUACGGUUGUGGAGUUGAUGUUGCUAAUCUCUGGUGACGUUGAAGUUAACCCUGGACCCCUCACCGACGAUCAAAUUCAAAAAUUGCUGAAAGCUGUUGAUUUAUUACCAAAAUUAGAUAAGGGACAAGAAGCGCUUCUAAGUCAAGUGGCAGAAAUAAAUAAAAACCAAGUUCUACUGGAUAAGAAGAUAGAAGCACUAAACGUGAAGUUCCAUGCAAUGGAAACGGAUAUCGCCUUGCUAGAAAGCUUUAAGGAUGAAAUGCAGGAUGUCGGCGCACAGUCAACCAGGCUAUCCACUCAGCUUGCCUCGGUCUGCUCUAAACAAGACAACCUGGAAAACAGGUCGAGAAGAAAUAAUCUACUUUUUUAUGGCAUUAUAGAUGAACCUAACGAAACAUGGUUCCAAUCAGAAUCAAAAGUAUUUCAGUUCUGUAACGACAAACUUGAGGUGACUGUGGCAGCAAGUGACAUCGAACGUGCGCACAGUCUUGGCCGCCCUAAUCCAGAACGAAUAAGGCCGAUAAUUGUGAACUUCCAAUCUUUUAAGGUUAAACAGCAUGUUCUGUCCCGUGGAUUCAAACUCAAAAAUAGUAACUUCUCUGUCGGCGAAUAUUUUUCAGACAAAGUUAGGUACGAACGCAAGCAGCUGGUCAGGGGCGGAUCCAGAGGAUCCCCCAAGGGGGGGCCCCAGCAUAAAAAGAAAGAGGGGGGAGGGGGGGGAGGGAACACUUGCUGCACACCACAUUGUGUGUUGGAUCUUUGUAUAAACACACGUAUAAAAAGUAGAGAGUGGUCUUUCCUUUUCAACGACACGAAGUGUCGCAAUUCAAAACACGAUUGCAAUAUCUCCCGCUUCGAAGCAAGGGAUAACGGAAUCUUGAUUUAA